GAUGUCCGUGGGGGCAGUUCCCACGCGCUUUGGUUAACUUUUUCUGAAAACAUUGGUAAAUGGGUCUCCACUUUCAACAACUUUCAACCAUAUCAAAAAUUGAUACACAUUGCCAUUUUAAUUCAAAUCAAUAUAUAAUGACACAUAGAUACUGCGACCUGUCACUGAUUAACACAUCCCUAUAAGUACUCCUGUCUUCUUAACCACUCUUCAGACACAUAAACAACCAAAAAAAACCAAAAGCUUAGAUUUCAGACAAGAAAUAAUGAAGUUCGGGAAAGAAUUUUCGUCGCAGAUGGUGCCGGAGUGGCACGAAGCUUACAUGGACUACAAUCAUCUCAAAUCUCUAUUAAAAGAGAUCGUCAAAUUCAAACGCAAAAACAAUCCUCCCCACGGUCACGGCCAUCAUCUCCACCGGAAACUGACUAUUUACCGAACAUUCAGCGGCUUACUGGCAAAGUCGGGGAGAAAGAGACAUCCCCACGGCCACGGUGGUGCACAGAUCGGUCCAUUUUCAGAUUCAGACGACGACAUCGAGGAAGGAAUAAAAUCGGCGCCGAUUCUGGUCCACUCGGCGAGUCACGGAUACGAGACGACGUUUCUGAUGGCGGCGGAGGAAGGAGGAGAGUACGAGACGGUGUUUUUCCGGCGGCUAGACGACGAGUUCAACAAAGUGGAGAAGUUUUAUAAGGAGAAAGUUGAAGAAGUGAUGAAAGAAGCUGUGAUGCUUAACAAACAGAUGGAUGCGCUGAUCGCGUUUAGGGUGAAAGUGGAGCAUCCUGAUGGUUGGCCGUGGGAGGAGCGGACGGUGGAGAUGACUCGUUUAGCUUCUAAUGUCGAUAUUUCCGCCGCCGCCGUCGCAGCUUCUACUCCCGCCGGUGCUAGAUCCAUGAAACUUGGAGCACAAGCUUUAGAAGCAAUACAGGAAGGAGGAUCAAGUAAAGCUGGUAAAUCCGACGAAGACGAAGAUGAAGAUGAUGUGGAGAAAGAAGAAGAUAAAGUCGUUUUCGAGGACAUAAGUAGACUAAACGCUGUAAGACCAUCUUCCAUCGAGGUAUUGGACCGUGUCAAGAUCAACAAUACGAAAGAAACACCUCGUUCCACAAUUAAACACGUUUUAAAGUCCUCGAACCCGGAGAUGAAGUUCAGCAGAGAUAACCUGAGAAGAGUCGAGGAGAAGCUCAGACGCGCCUUCGUCGAGUUCUACCAGAAGCUUCGGCUACUCAAAAGCUACAGCUUCUUGAAUGUGUUGGCGUUUUCCAAGAUAUUGAAGAAGUAUGAUAAGGUCACUUCGAGGAAUGCUACAAAGUCUUACAUGAAAAUGAUUGAUAACUCUUACCUUGGUGGCUCUGAUGAGGUUAUUAGACUAAUGGAGCGUGUUGAAGCUACGUUCAUAAAGCAUUUCACCAAUGCUAACAGAACAAAAGGAAUGAACAUCUUGAGACCCCAAGCUCAAAGAGAGAGACAUCGUAUUACAUUCUCCACAGGUUUCUUGGGUGGAUGCAUGUUUUCUCUAGUAGUGGCUCUAUUCGCCAUCAUACGCACCCGGAACAUAUUGCAGGAGGAUGGCCACAAAAAGUACAUGAACACCAUGUUCCCUCUUUACAGCUUGUUUGGGUUCAUUGUGCUGCACAUACUUAUGUAUGCUGCAAACAUUUACUAUUGGAGGCGGUAUCGAGUGAAUUAUUCAUUCAUAUUCGGGUUCAAGCAAGGAACAGAACUUAGCUAUAGACAAGUCCUACUUGUGGGCUUCAGCAUUGGAGUUCUAGCCCUUCUUUGUGUUAUUGCCAAUCUUGACAUGGAGGUUGACCCCGAAACUAAUGAUUACAAAGCAUUAACCGAACUUCUUCCUCUUAUCCUCCUCAUUGUUAUGUUUAUAGUUCUAGUCUUACCAUUCAACAUCUUCUACCGCUCGAGUCGCUUGUUCUUCCUCACAUGCCUCAUUCAUUGCCUUGCUGCUCCUCUCUACAAGGUAACUUUACCUGAUUUCUUGUUGGGAGAUCAGUUAACAAGUCAGGUGCAAGCUCUUAGAAGCGUCCAGUUUUACAUAUGUCACUACGGUUGGGGAGAUUACAAACUCAGACAAAACACUUGCACUGACUCAGACACCUACAAUGCUUUCUUAUUCAUUGUUGCUGUCGUCCCAUAUGUCUGCCGUCUCCUUCAGUGCUUGAGACGUCUAUUUGAAGAGAAAAACGCAGAACAAGGAUACAAUGGGAUCAAGUACUUCUUGACUAUAGUGGCUGUCUGCUUAAGGACAGCUUACAGUGUGGACAAGGAUAAUCAAUUUGUGUGGAGAAUGUUAGCUGGGAUCUUCUCAGCUAUUGCUGCCAUUUUCUGUACUUACUGGGACUUGGUUUUAGACUGGGGUCUUCUCAACAGGACUUCUAAGAACCGUUGGCUCAGGGAUAAACUCCUUAUUCCUCAAAAGAAAGUAUACUUCAUCGCCAUGAUCUUGAACGUCUUGCUUAGAUUUGCGUGGGUGCAGACCGUACUGGAUUUCAACUUCUCCUUUAUGCAUAAACAGACGAUGGUUGCUGUUGUAGCUAGUCUAGAGAUUAUCCGACGUGGGAUAUGGAAUUUCUUCAGGUUAGAGAAUGAGCAUUUGAACAAUGUCAAAAAAAAUCGAGCGAUGAUGGGUCAAUCAAAGUAGCUCUGUUUACAACAUGAUGAAUCUCACCAAUGACUCGAAGAUCAGACAUGAAAAAGCUGCUCAGAUUCGUGUUAGUGAGUUGUUGAGAAGAACUGAGUUCUUGCGCCAUAAGAUCAUUUCCUCCCCACGUUAAAUCUGAUCCUUAAUGCUGCAUGAUUUUGCUCUCUCGGGUCAUUCCAUAGAUCCUUCCAUUGGAUCAAAUACAGCCCUGAGAAAA